AUGUUACAACUACAACCACAGAAUUUGUUGUUGGAGGAGGCAAUUGGCCAGGCUUUCGCCGCCGAUUACACUCCAAUCUUCCUUGACAGAAUUAUCACCGACUUCGAUUUCACCACUUACCAUCUGUCAACGCCGGAGUCGAAAACAAAAAUACUCCUUUCCAUCGGGAUUAAAUGUUGGAACGACCUUGUCAACUAUGGCGUGAAGGAAUUGCUCCAUUCCAAGUACUCCAAAUCCGGAUUUAUCCAGGAAACCCAGCCGGAGGUUGGAUACGACUACAGUUUGUACAUUGACUUGGAACAGCUUUCGUUUUCUGACGAGGAGGAGAAACAACAACUUGUUGCCGAGCUGUCUUUGUUGAAACGCAACUGUUUCGCUGCUCCAUUUUUGCAGGCUUUCGAGAGAUACGAGGUGCUAUCCAAAGAGCAACCCGUGGACCCAAACAACUUGUAUGGUGAGGACUCGCCAAAUAACUCCAAUGAACAAGUGCUGCAGUUGCACUACAGAGACAUGGAGUCGAUUUACAUUAAGCCAUCCAACGACAGAGUCACUGUGAUCUUCUCCACGGUGUUCCAGGACGAAACAGACAAGAUCUUCUCGAAAGUGUUCUUGCAAGAGUUUAGUGACGCCAGAAAGCGGAGCAUCCAAAAGGCUCCACAGGUGAUCAACUCACACCAGGAAAUUCCACUGGAAAUCAAGCACCUGGAAUCCGAAAACACUCACAACAAGACCUACAUCACGUUUGUUCUGUUCCCAAGACACCUGAGCACCGAAGACGUCAAAUGGAACUCCAUCACCCACAUCCAAUUGUUCCGGUCCUACUUCCACUACCAUAUUAAAAUCGUGAAAUGUUACCUGCACCAAAGAAUGAGAUUCAGAGUCAACAGUUUCACCAAAAUCUUGAACCGCGCCCGCAGAGAAGUUGCCGAUGAGGAACACAGAAAUGAAAGAAAGACCGCCAGCGGAAGACGUUUCGAAAUGCGGGCAUGA